AUGAUACAACUAGCCAAACUGUUAAAAGUAGAGUCAGCGAGUUUUUACCUGUAUGAGAUCAAACUGGACAGACGGAUGGUCUCCCUGAGCUGGCUAGUGCCUCGCCAGCACAUGUCUGUUCCAGGUGGCACCUUCGGCAUCAUGUGGGGACCGAAUGAACCGCGUUGGGAGACAGUGGCAGCCAGCGCUGGAAGGAUCCAAGCUCAGAUACUUACCUUUCUUGCUGGACUACUGCCUAAAGGGGAUAAUGCCCAAGCGACUCAUGACAUCUCUGAGCUGUUGAAAUCAAGACAGAAUAUUACUAAAAGGGAGGUUGGGUGCCCUGAAGGCCAACAGCGUGAGGGCAAAUUCUGCUGUCUGCCAUGUUUUCCUGGUGAAUGGAAAUAUAAUGACUGCAUAGCUGAUGGGGAAAAACUAGUCUGUGAGCCCUGCCUAGAAGGGAAGGAGUACACAGACAGGAAACAUUAUUCUAACAAAUGCAGAAGAUGCAGAAUUUGUGAUGGAGAACAAGGCUUAGAAGUGGAAAAAAACUGUACCAAGACCCAGAAUACCAAGUGCAGGUGUAAAUCAAAUUUUUUUUGUAACACUCCUUCAUGUGAACACUGUGAUCCUUGCAGCACGUGUGAAUAUGGAGUUGAAGAGAAAUGCACACCAACCAACAACACCAGAUGUAAAGAAGGAUCCAGGUCUCACGCACUGUGGUGGUUGCUCCUCCUGGUGAUUGUAGUAGUUCCAGCAAUAAUUUAUUGGUUUGUAUAUAAACGUCGCCGGAAUUAUAAUGGUCACCAUGGAUCUGUAACUCCAAAUAUUGAAAUGCCCCCAGUGAAUUUAGCAGACAUUGACUUGGGUGACUAUAUUACCAUUAUUGCUGAACAAAUGAAAAUAAAUGAAGUUAAAGACUUUGUUCGGAAGAAUGGUAUGAAUGAAGCCAAGAUAGAUGAAAUAAAAAAUGACAAUCCCCAAGACACAGCUGAACAGAAGGUCCAGCUGCUCCGUUAUUGGUAUCAACUUCAUGGGAAAAAAGAUGCAUAUUCCACUUUCAUUGAAAGUCUCAAAAAAGCUAACCUUUGUGCUCUUGAACAGAAAAUUCAAGAUAUAGUCCUAAAGGACUUUACUAAUAAACAUGAAAAUGCUAACUCCAACAAGGAAAAUGAAAGCCAAAGCUUGGUCUAAAAUGAAAAACAACUAACUCUGUUCUGAAUAUUACAAUCGACAGAAAGAAAAAUUAGUGUUUGAAUAUGUUUUUAAUAGGUACAGUCUUCAAAUAUUGCUUGAUUUUUUUACUGAGUACUUUUUUCUUCAUUUAUUAGAUGUAUAGGGAUAAUAUAUUUAUGGGUCUAGAGGACCUCAUGUUUCUGUCU